AUGGCAGACAAAGUGGGCUCCAGUGAGGAUGUGAACACGAGCUCUGUGACAGAGGAGAUCUUCAUCCCACAUGAAGACCACAAGGAGGCCCUCUCCUUUGUUCUUCCUCUUCCUCGACUUUAUUCAUCUUUAACUUCACCAGUCUCUCCCCCAUCAGAUGAAGCUUACCUGCAAGCAGCAGCCAUUUUCCAGAAACUGCGGACCGAGAAGCCAAUCACACAGCACCAUCUGCAUUAUGGGAAGAAGACGGACACGCCGCUGGAGGAAAGCGGAGACAAACCCACUCAGAGGCGGGCCUACCAACUCGCCUUCAGCACACUCAAAUACCAAGACUUACUGGAGCACAUCAUUAUGGACAGCUGCUUCCACACUUCUCAGCAUAUCUCCAGUGACUUGUUGCCCCUGGCCAUGGUGAUGCUGUUUGACUUCCAGGACCGAAGAUUUUUGAUACAUGAACGGUCAACAAAGGAUGGCGAGGAGCCUCUGCAGGAGGUCAGGGACCUGGAGAGCAGUCUGCACAGGUGUAAGACCAAGCUGGCAGCAUCUUUAGCUCGCUGCAGAGUGAAACAAAAUCUGCAGAGUGUCUCCUGUUUUCUGUCUGAUCCUGUCAGGACCAAACAGCACAGAGCAAAACAUCUGCCACUUUACGCCUGGGUCAAUACUCUCAAGACCAGUGUUGAGGAAGUGUGUGAAGCAUUAAAAAGCGCCGGCUUGUGUGAAGUGAAGAUCUUGACUGACCUCAGAGAGGCGACAUUCUGCAGAGACCCCCUCUGCCCAGACACACUGGUCUUCUCCCAGCAGCUUCACGCUCUGCUGCAGCACAGCAGCCUCACGAGAAUACACACACUUAACACACAGGACAGGAGUGUGUGUGUGGCAGUGAGUGCGUUACGCCCCCUGCUGUUCGAUAACGGUGACGUCCUGGUGGCGGGGUCUUUCUCUGCUGUGACUGUGGCUCACAUUGCUGUGGCGGCCGCUGCCCGCUCCGGCCGAGUGUUGGUGUGCGGUGCUGAUCACACUCCUCUACAGAUACAGGAGAUACAAGAACUACUCACACAGAUGGACAUCAAAAACGUGCGAGUCCUGUCAGAAGCCUUCUGUGGUCUGGACGAGUGGGACACCACCGUCCAGCGAUUAAAGGUCAUCAUAGUGCUACCUCAGUGUUCGUCCUCCGCACUCAAUGACCCUGUGCCCACCAUGCACAGUGAGCACGGAGACUGGGAUCUGCUUCCAGACUUGUGUCACAGUUCUGUGUCCCGGAGCAAAAUUAACACAAUGGCAACCCAGCAGGCACGACUCCUAGCACACGCUCUCUCCUUCCCAAAGGUUCAGACAUUGGUCUACUGCACACGCUCAGUGUAUCCUGAAGAAAAUGAACAGCUGGUGAAAAGAGUGUUGGAGAAAACACACACUCAUCCCAAACUGCUGCCCUUCAGGGUGAACGGUCCAAUUUUCCCCGAUAACACACAGCCAGGAGACACAACAGACUCUAAGUUGUUCAGACUCGAACCGUCUCAGUUCACCAACGGCUGCUUCGUCGCACGGCUGUCCCGACAGGCGGAUCCCACUAAGGUAGAGACAGUCCACGACGUGCUGGCAAGGGCAGCAGCAAAGGGUCUCCUGGGUGGAAUCAUUCCUGAACAAUCAAAAACCAGUAAAAAGGGAAAAAGCAGGAAGAAUCGCGUCACAUCAGCCGGCAGCAAACCGCCAUCGCCAUCGAGCCAAGAGAGACAGACAGGAAGGGAGCCGGAGAGUGGAGAGGAUCCAGUGUCUCCUUCGGAACAUGAACAGAAGAAAGGCGACAGAGAGGAGGAAAAAGAGGAGGAAGAAAAGGAGGGAAAGAAGAAGAAAGGGCUGAAAGGAGGUAAGCGAAAGGUCAAACGACGACCCAAACAAAUCAACAGGACUGUUGCGGUCUCAAAGCACCAUCCUAAAGUCCACAAGAAGAAAUCAACAAAGAGAAAAGUCAAGAGGCGCCUUACAAAAAUUAAACCGAGAAGAAUACCUCGUCUUACACUGACGUUAAUGUCCUCUGCAAAACCCUCCAACCACUUGUCACCAAUCACAGCCCUCGCACACAAGCUAAGUAACAGUCAGACCGCCCCCUCCUCCGCCCGUCCUGAUCCACCUGCGGCCUUUAAGCAGCUCCAGAGACCCAACACUGAGCCUGAGAGAGCAGAGAAAUCACUGAAGGAUGCAGCUAAAGCAGAAAGCCUGCGUAAGGCCGGAGCAAAGGUGAUCAGACCUAAGAAAGAGGUGGAGCCAGAGGACGUGUUGAGGCCUGCAGAUUUUGUCCUGCCACCCAUCAACUCCCCGUCCUCCAGCUUCGUCAGCUGCAGGAGUGCUAGUUCUCUCUGUCAGCGUCCGGCCCGGACCUCCCUCUCUCAGCUCGCACAGAUAUCUGCAGCCUCCUCCUCCUCAGUCUCUCUGCCUGGAUUAUAG